AUGCUCAAUAAAUAUGAAGUAAUGAGCAUAAGAAACACAGAAGAACUGCUUGACACAUUUGAACACAAUAAAAACGACUAUUUUAUGAUAUUAGAAAAGGCACUGGAAAUGAAAUGGCAUGAAACAUUUAUAUUAAUCAUAGGAGAACUGAAGGGAAUUCAAUUUGCAGAAUUCAAGAAGAUUAAUAGGCUGAUUGUCAGAAACAGAGAUGAAUUUAGCGAAUAUCUGGAUUCAUUGUGUAGUGCCUUGCUCACAUUUGAUUUUGAAUUCGACUUUGAAAACUACACCGUAUGCAAAAAGGUGGCUGAAUUAAUAUCAGCACAGAAGACAUUCAAUGAGACGGCCACAUCGAUCAAAUACCUCAACAAACUCAACGGAGUGGUACGAGACGUGUUUCUGAAGCUACAUAUUGAAAUUACGCUGUGUAAGUUGCAGAAUGAGGAAUACAGCGUAGAGCAAUACGAGUAUUUGAUCAAAUGUAUUGAAGCUAAGAAACAAGAUGAAAAUUACAGGGCAAUUGCAAACAGAAUCUACAAGGAAUUGCUAUGUGGAUUCUACAUUAAAAACCAGGAUAUUGCGAAAAAGAGCGAUGGUACAGUUGAAAUAGUCGAUAAGACCUUGUGGGAUACUGUGAUCCAGUCUGAUACAGUACCACUCAGUGAGGAAAUGCUACUGUUUCUGAUUCAAAAUGACUUCAAUUACGAAGUUACAGGGAAUCAGGUUACUAUUCUACCAUAUGAGCACAAUAGUUUCAACAAGAAGGUAUUUAGAGUGUCAGAGAAGUACGAGGAACGAAGAGAGAGCAAAAUAAGCGUAGGAAUAGCAGAAAAAGACGAGGAAACAGAACCAACUGCUGUUAAGGACAAAAAAGAAGCAGUUUUGGUGGAACAGACAAAAACAGUCAGACCAAACAAAUUUAGUCGCCUAUACAACAUUAGGAAUUUUGUAUAUGACCAGUAUGAGAAGAAUGUGAAGGAUGACGAGUAUGAGGAACGUGUUGAGAACUACGAAGAGAUGAUGAGAAGCAGGGAUGAAACAAUAAGCAGGAAGAGAGCAUUUUACGAAAAGAUGGAAGAGAGAACGCGUGAGCUGGAAGAGAAGCUGUGCAAGAGGAUUCAGGAGAAACAAAGAGUGGAAAUAGAACGAAGAAUCAUGCAAGAAGCACAAGAACGCGAGGAAAGAGAGAAGGCUGAGUCGAAGAAGAGAUGGUACAACACCAGCAACUCAUUUGUAAAAAUUGACUACAAUCGGGGGAGCACGGCGUGGGAGAGCCAGGAUAACAAGUUCAGGGAGAAAGGGUCGUGGAGCAGCAUGUCUAAGGAUGUUGCCUCAGGGGCAGCAGAGAAGUUCAAAAUGCUGCAAGAAAAGAAGAAGGAAGAAAGUAAGAAGCAGGGUGGAUUCACCCCUAAGAAAAAAGAACCAAAAUACGACCCAUUUGCGCAUAAAUAA